GCUCGUGCUAGCUGCAGCGGCUAACGGGCAGACAUGCCGCAGCUAAGCGGGGGAGACGAUCUGGGAGCAAACGACGAACUGAUCGCCUUUAAAGAUGAAGGGGAGCAAGAGGAGAAGAGGAAUGCUUCCUCUGAACGAGACCUGGACGAUGUCAAGUCCUCUCUGGUCAACGAGUCCGAGUCCAGCUCAGACUCCGAGGCUGACAGACAGUCUAGGGCCAACUCGGAUCUGGAGAAUAGGAUCCGACACAAUCAUCUGUUUCAAGAAGCCCUGAGGAGGCAGCAGGAUGGAGGUCUCUUCCAGGUCUCUUCCUCUCCUUUUGUUGGAUAUCCCUUCUUCAUGAUCCCAGACCUGGGAAACUUCUGUAGUCCUUACCUCUCCAACGGAGCGCUGGCCCCCGGCGCCAGGACGUAUCUCCCGUUUCAGUGGCCUCUGCUGGACGUCCCAGGAAGAGCAGCUAUGAGGGACUCUGCUGCUCCGGCAAACCUGUCUAACAAUGUGUCGAUGGUGCAGCACCCUCACAUGACCCACCUCCACCCACUGCUGUCCUACAGCCCCGAGGCCUUCUCACCCCAGAGGGCUUCACCUGGCUUCUCCCCUGACACUGGUAUGUCGAGGAGCCCCUGCUACCCGGUGUCUCCUGGAGGCAUGGCUCAGGUCCCUCACCCUCUGGGAUGGCUACAGGGACAGGCUGUGUACCCACUGGCAGGAGGCUUCUCCCCAGCUGCUCUAGCUAUGAACGCCUCCAUGUCCAGCCUGGUGUCCGGUAACUUCUCUCCACGUCUACAAACCCCCCAGUCCACCAUUUCUCACUCCCCCUUUGUCCCCUCGAGGGUGAAACAAGAGCCUGGAUGCAGCAAUCAGAACGGAAGAUCCACGUCAGACGUCCUGCAGGACAAAGACGAGAAGAAGCCUCAUAUCAAGAAGCCGCUGAACGCCUUCAUGCUGUACAUGAGAGAGGAGAGGCCCAAAGUGGUGUCUCAAUGCAAAGUUAAAGAGAGCGCCACCAUCAAUCAGAUACUGGGACAGAGGUGGCAUUCUCUGUCCAAAGACGAACAAACCAAAUAUUACGAACUGGCUCGCAAAGAGCGACUCGUCCACUCCAAACUUUACCCCGGCUGGUCAGCCAGAGAUAACUACGGUAAAAAGAAGAAGAGGAAGAGGGCAAAGAGUGAGACUCUGUUUGAAAAUGAAGAGGACUUUCCCCCGGAGCUGAAGAGAGCUUGUGACGAGACGCCUCACACACACUCUCUGCUAACGCGGACUGCACACACACACACGCAGCCCUACACCGUCUCCCACCUGACGCACACACACCUGUCCCAGGCCAGCCCCGCCUCCUCGCUGGACUCCCCGGCGACGCCCACCACCGCUCUGGCCUCGCCGGCUGCCCCGGCGCCGACUCACACCGAGCACACGCACUCCUCUUCCUACAGUGGACAGGCGUCACCGUACGGCGAGCAGCUGCAGCCGCUGGCCCUCACCACCAAGCCUCACCGGACCCUCCAUCCUCUGAGCCGCAGCACCUCCACCCCCACCUCCUCCUGCGACACCCCCACCUCCUCCCCACAGGCUCCUUCCAGGUGUUCACCCCCUCUUCCACCUUUCCUCGUCCCACCUCCUACCGCCGCUCACCAAGCCUCCCACGGUGCCUUAAGUCAGUCUUGCAGAAGAACCAAUCGCCUGUGAAUCUCCAAAUCUAACUUUUUUUAAUGCUGUAAAGUCUUUCUUUUAAAGUAUAUAGAAACAUUUUUUAUUAUGAAAUGGACAAAUAGCUAGUCAAUAUUUGGCUGUGUUUCUUACUUUAUGAAACCCUAUUUUCUUGCAAACUUAUUUUCACUUUUUCUAAUUCCAAGAACAAUCCACUUGUUAGGUGAGGCACUGUGUUUUCAGCUGAAAGCUGCUUUUUACCUGUUAGUAUUGAAUGUAAAUCUAUUUUCUGGUUCCUCCUGUUAAUAAAUAUUCACUGAGUCGUGCCUCUGUGAUGGUGACGG